AUGGAAGAAUUAGGAAAGAUCACCAAGAGCAAAGAUGUCAUCAGAGACCAAGGCCCCAGGGCGGCCGUCUCGCGGGCGGCCUCCUGCAGCGGCUCCUGGGGGCCUGUCGGCCGCAGGAGUACGGGACUGCGCGCGACCGCGCCGCUUCUGCCUCGUCCCGUGCGAGCGCAGAUACCUGUGUGUUGGGAAAGAUGUAUUCGAUGCUUACAUACGCAAGUUGAAAAAUCAGAAGAUGGAAGGCUGAUUUAUACUGGGAAUCUGGCCCGAGCAGUAUUUGGUGUGAAAUGUUUCUCUUAUUCUACAAGUGUGAUCAGCCUUGCAGUUCUGCCAUACAUUUUUGCACAAAGUAAUAUCAUAUUUGGAAGUCUGCCUUUGCAAGUCUUAUUUUAUGGCGUCAUAGGAAGCUUUACGUUGAUCACUCCAGCGCUGCUUCACUUUGUUACGAAAGGCUAUGUCAUUCGGCUGUACCACGAGGCCACAACAGACACUUAUAAAGCCAUUACUUACAAUGUUGUGCUUUUGGAAAAGAGUACAGUGUUUCACCAGAAUGACGUGAAGAUUCCAAGCAGUGCACAUUUGUUUACCACAUUUUAUGCUAAAACGAAAUCAUUGUUAGUUAAUCCAGGUCUCUUUCCAAACCCUGAAGACUAUGACCAUCUGAUGGGUUAUGACAAACCAUUCACUUUUGACAUGGAAGAAACCAGUGAAAAGAAACAAGUUAAAGAUGAGAAAUGAGUCUUUGUUUUUAUGUUUGUGCUUAAGUAUGAUUUAUGUUCCAAUGUAUAAUAAUAAAAUUGCCUUUACUUUUGUUUUUGGUCAGUGACUGAUUGUGAAAAAUAAUUUGAAACUGUAGCAAACAGAAUUUGGAAUUAAUUUGCAGAGAAUUGUGUUCCUUUAUAAUAAAAUAAGCUCUUUUAUUAUACAUGAAAA